AUGGCGGGGAAAGAGAGGAUAGGAAAACGAGCGGGGGAAUAUUCCAAGCAUCUUCAUGAUCAAUCGUUUAUCUUCAGGGAAUCAUUACGAGGUUCCAGAAAAUUGCUAUUGCUUGAAAAUUGCAAAAGUAACGGAAGGAAGGAGUUAUCGGGGUGUAAAAAUGAUGCUCAUUCAAAUUGCACCGUAAUCGAAACUGGUUAUGCAAAUAAUGCUUACAUAGCUGGUGACACAUUUUGUGACAGUACUAGUAUGAAUGAAAGUGAACCAAUUCCACUUGAACAGGUAAUGAUAUCAAUGAAUCGUGUCGCAGAACAUUUAGAGAAACGUGAAGGACGUGAGGAAGAAUCAAAACUGUUACGUGAUUUCUUUACGCAGAAACCUGUACAACAAGCUAUCGAAAGUAAUGUUAUUGUUCAUAUGAAGAAUAAUAAGGUAUUAUUUUAUAGUAUAUAUCAUCUAACAUUGAAUGUCACAUAA